AUGAAGCAAUGGUGUUCAACACAUGAGGCCAAUCAGCUAUGGCCUAUGGUGCUAAGGUUUACCGACUCCAUACUGAGGAAUCGCAUCAAAGCUAGGGGUCCGACGUUCCACACGCCGGGGGCGCGGAUAUCCCCCUGCGUGGAGGUGUACUCGUGCAGGGUGAUCGACCUCACGGGCGGAUUGGAGUGGCCGAUUGACGUCUUCGGCUUCGUCGCGGCGCGCGAUGGGCUCGACCGCAAGCGCAACUACAUCUUCAAUCGCCCGAGGGACGACGCCCAGACGUUCACCACGGAGGACCCGUCUUUCGUCUUGACAGGACCUAUCCGUGCAAUCAACUGCUCCCAGCGUAUCGAAUUCGAAGUCGAUCUCAAGGUUAGGGGGAAAACGCAAUCUGAUAGGGAUAAGGUGUUGAGUGCCAGAUACAUUGUGUAUGAAACAAUGGGGCCGAAUUGCAUGGUUGGGCAGGUUAGGUCGAAGGCAAGGCCAGGCAAGCGUUGCUCGGUAGAGGUCACCUUCGCCAAUCUCGCGGGGGCGGUGGAGGCGGCGAUCGAGGUUAGAGUUGUUCAAGGAUCAAGCGGUUUUUGCGGAAGAAUUGUCGCGAGGACCGAUGGUUACGACGACGAUGUGGUGUUUGCUGAUUCCAGUAACGAUGGUUCAGUACUAGCUGUUGCUGAUGAUGGAGUGAUCAAGCUUGCCCGGAGUGUCGCCGUCGUCGAAAGUACAGGGGUGCUGAAGAUUCAUGCGAUCAUCGCUCGAAGUGAUAGUAGUGGUGGGUAUGAUGGGGUUGGUGUUGCUGCUGAAGAUCACGCCGAGUUCGCUGCUCAAAGAUUUGAAAGUUCUUGUAGAACACUUGAUCUUGGCUUCUGUAAGAUGCUGGCAACUGUCUCCUGGUCCAUGAUUCCUUUGAUUUAGUAUCACCUUAAAAGAAUGAUUUCAUGAAUGGUGACAAAUAGACAUAUUUACCUUGAGUUAGUUACUUGUAAACUACUGUGUCCGUCUAAAAUAUAAUACUCCCUCCGUUUCACAAAUCACAACGUAAGUCAUUCUAA